GAGCGCCAGCACCACCUACAGGACUGUCAUACAGACACAAUCACCGACACAAAGCACUCGCUCCAUUAAAAGCAUCCACCCUUCUCUGUUUCACGUUUUACCUCAAGAACUUCCAUACAUGAUUUUGCGUUUUGUGAAACAAAACAUAGUGCAAUGCAUAAACUUUAAACGCAAGAUCGACGAGGAGCCGUGGGGACAAUAAAACAAAGAAAAGCGUAUCUGGCCCGGAGCAGUGCGCGGCGAGGGCCGGCCGCCCGCGCCGCCAGCCAAUCACAGCGCGCGCUGCAGCCGCCCCAUCGGCCCGCCCCAGUCGGCCCGCACUCUCCGCCGCGGAUGAAUGAGACGCAGCAUCCCUAUAAAGAUUUUACAUCGAUUAUGGGGGUAUGGGAGCAGGCCGUUUCUGUCUCGCCCGUGGGCGGCGACGUGAGUUCCUCUCGCGCAGUCGCGGACAAUUAACGCGCGGGGCGGCGUGGUCGGUGCGGCGCGACGUGCGACGUCACUAUAAUGUGGUUAGUCAGUGAGCGUCGGGGCCGAGCCGACGGCGACGGCGACGGCACGGAGCACGAGCACAGGAGCGCGGGAGAGCCGCGCUGGUCGCUCAGCCAGCGCGCCGGCCACAGCACGGUGGAGUUCAAGAGCACGGCGUGCGCGGGGGCCGCCGAGCCGCCCGCGCCGCCACUCGCCGCGCUGCCGGACCCGCAGCAGUUCAACAUAUUCCCGGCCUUCUUCAGCCGCCAGCUCAACUUCAGCGGCGGCGGUGGAUGCGGCCAAGGUUCCAAAAUAAUGGAAGAGUUGCGACCGAACCUGGUCGGUGGGCUGCUGGGCGUGCCAGGGUUACUGGACGAGCACCAGCAAGACGCCAAGUUCCUGCCGACGGGAGGGGAGAGCAAGUACACGCCAGACAAGGGCCGCAAGUGCAGCAACGCGUCCUCGUCGUCUGCGGAGGAGUUCGGCGGGCUGUACGGCGGGGAGCACGCUGCCACGCCGCCUGCACCACCACUCAGCCGGUCCUUGCAAGACAACACAGCGGAAGGUGCGUUCAAAAAAUUAAAGCCGGAGCCUGGCGGGGGCAGUGGAGGUGUAUCUGGAGGUGCUUCAGCGUUGUCUCCAGCGCUAGGCCCACAACACGCCGGACAUACGCCAACCACAGCCUCCUGCCCCACGCCCGCACGACGCCGGCAUCGAACCACCUUCACACAGGAACAAUUAGCAGAAUUAGAAGCGGCAUUCGCUAAAUCACAUUACCCGGACAUUUACUGUAGAGAGGAGUUGGCGCGGACGACAAAACUCAACGAGGCACGGAUACAGGUUUGGUUUCAAAACCGUCGUGCGAAGUACCGCAAGCAGGAGAAACAGUUACAAAAAGCGUUGGCUCCAGCUGUCCUGCCUGGCUGCAACGGCAUGAUGAGGAACAUCCAAGGAUACAGAGGAUAUCAGCCUUACCCACAUCCGAACACCAUCAACCGAUACCCACAGCACCACGGGAGCUACGAAGAGCUGCAGAAAGACAUAUUCUCGCUGUCCCAGAUGGGGGGCGGGUCGUACCCCAUGCCGCAAGGGUUCUCCAUGGGACACGGGGCCAACAUGAGCGCCGUCGGAAUGCGACAGGAUACUAUGGGCAUGAGCGCCGAGGACGAAUGGUACAACAAGUCGCUGUCUGCGCUGCGGAUGAACAGCGGCCACCACGCAAACCUAGCGGCCGCGCCGAUGCUGCAAUACCAGACCUAAUCGCUGCUGCACGGCGCCGAUUACUCGCCGGCGCCGGCGCACGACUACGCGCCUCCGUAGUCAGCGCGCAAUGGAUUGCAAAGUAUUGUGACAUGUGGAAACGUCGCAUAACUUUAACUUUUGUGGUUACAGUGAUUUAUUGCUAACUUUCUUUAUACUUUAUUAACCCUUUGUAUGCCGUACGGACAUCUACGCGAAGCAUAAUGUAUUUUCUAUUAUGUCGCAUAUACAAGAGAUUAAGUUAUCAAAGACAAUAUUGAAUUAUAUUUAAAAGUAUUAUUUUGUUUCUUUCUCAGGGUUAAAAGUAAGUAGAUGUGGCUUAUGCAUUUGUACUAGCGAGUAUGUACAAAUUGAAGAUUUGUCAGAUUUGGAUAAUGUCUAAGUCUCGACAAAUCUCGUCACAACACUUUCUAAUGGAAAUGGAAGCUUAUGUCAUAAAUAUGAAUUGUAAAUUAUUAUUUAUUUCUUGGCCUUCCAGAAUGUAACAAAAAUCAUGUUGAUUUUAUAACUUUUGUGAAACAUACUAAAUUAAUUAUUACGUUUUUCGGCUUACUCACAUAAUUACUCAUUCUCAUGAAUAUGAGUCCAGCAUGGCUUGAAACUCGAGUUCCUCGUCAAAUAAUUACAUGAUUAAGCCGAAAAACAUAAUAAUUAACAAAAAUCUAAUCGAAAUGAUGCCGAUAAUAUUUAGUUAGCAAAAAUAAAUGAAGACAUUUUUAAAUAGGUAAGUAUUCAUCAAUGAAAAUCAAUCUAUUUUAUAUUAAAGUAUUGUAAAUCUUUCAUUUCAAGCGAUGCGCCUGUUUCCACAAUCAGAAAACAUGUUUUAUAACAAAUAUGACUUGAAAUGUCGCAAUUCGGUGCGCAAAUUGAAGUUCUAUCGAAUUACUUUCACGCGUGAUUACGUGUUUAGUCUAUAAAUAGGUACAAAUAGUGUUUUAAUUUAUUCAGACCCGUAUCGAUAAACUACUCGUUUCCUAUAGAAAUACUUAUUGCAAUUUAACGUGCGUUUCUAAAGCUCGUAUAAAUUUGUUACCUGCAUACAAAAAUAUUUCUUAAAUGGUAUUAAAGGAAUGAUAAAUAAGCAGUCCGUCACUAUUUCAACACAAGGCAAACACAUCAAUGGUUUUUCAGUAAUAUUUCUUUUUAAGUUGUUAUCACAAAUCUCUCUGAUGUUCGAGUUUCGACACCACAAUCGAGUUUCAGCGAGAUAAUUCACUAUCUAUAGCGUUUAUCACCCUACUCCUGAAUUCGAACUUCAUCAAUUUAAGAAUUAAACAUUGAUAUUAAUGAUGUUGCUUUUAGGGUAGCAUAGUAUUUUAUACUAAAAUCAGUUAAGCAACUGUUAUUUAUUAGGCUCAAAAAAUCAUUGACUUCGAAAUUAAUCACCUUACCUUGAUAAUUACUAAAUCUGUACCUGACACUGUAUUUGGGACAUUACAGUGCGAACUGUCAUAUGCCAUUUUUAUCAGUACCCUUAGAACAAGUUUGUUUUACAUUGAACGUAAAUGAAACGAGAGCGCAUCCGGCGCUCUGAUUGGUCGGUUCGGUUCUGAUUCGGUUCUAAUAAACCUCCCAAUCAGAGCGCCGAACGCGCUCUCGUUUUGUGUAAAACAAACUCGUACUAAGGCCUCUGAUUUCGCGCUCAUACUUAUGCAAGUAGUGCGAGAUAAUAACACUCUUUUAGACAGUUUUCUCAUUUAUAAUGGCCCAACUACAAAUCCUCAGUCAACACUAGAUCAAGCCUCAGUGGUUUAUCAGUGCGGGUCUAAAAACGUUUGUUUCACGAUAUGCGUAAAUUGUGUAUGCUAGUCAUUAUUGUACAGACAUUUUAAAUCGAAUAAGAUAAGUAUGUAUUUUCUUGAUUGUUGUAUGUAUUUAUUGACAUAAAUUCUUCGACUUUAUUACUGUGAUGGCUCUAAGAAUCGUUCGUUGAGUAUAUCUAGAUAAUUGGCAUUUAAAGGUACGCGUCCACAUGCCCGAAUCGUACGCAUCGCACGCAACGGAUUUUAGUUUGUCUUGUAUAGAAACUCAUACAACUGCGUCCACUGAGCCGGAUCGCACGCACCACAUCGAUCUGAUGCGUGCUGAUGACGUCAUACGGAAUGCGAACGAUGCGUACAAUGCGGGCCUGUGGACGCUUACCUUUAAACGGCAGUCAAACAAUUGAAUAAAAAAGUUAAUGUACGAGUUUGAUACAAAUUUUGACAUACUUUGUUGAAUGUCAAUCUUAUACAAUUAUGUUGAUUUUUCUGUUCGGGUAGUGUUCAAAUACUGUUUAUUUUGUAAUUUAAAUUGUGUUUUAGCAUCAGGGAUUAAACCUGGUAUUUGGUUAUCAUAUUAGUCAUCAUGUCCAUGAUUUAUUUUCUUUACCAAUAAAUGAGUUCACGACUAAUCACUGCGUGAAUUGGACGUGAUUUUUUUUUUGUUUGUUCUUGUAAUAUGUUUUGUAUCAGAGCCAUCACAGAACAAAGUGUAAACUAACAUUGCAAUACAGCCUGUGUAAAUAUAAACUGGUCUUGCAUGGUCAUUUCUAAGGUGUUAACAGCUCAACGAUAUUGUAAUGUUAAAUAGAUAUUGUUUAGUCAAAUUUAUAAUAAGAGGCCAUUUUCAUUACAUUUUUAACAGAAUAUAAGAGCCUUCUCACACAACACCGAUGUCGCUGCGACAUUUCUAUCAAAAGUCGCACAAGGCUUGCUCCUGCGUUUCUCACGUCGCAAGUAAAUCGCUGGUGUGAGGAGACUCUAACUCCAAAGAUUGCUAGUCAACUUAUACACAUUUAUUAACACACUUUGAUCUCAUAGACGUAAUUAUAGUAAUAAAAUAAAAAAAGAAAAUAAUUAUAAUUGUUUCGGCUUUUGUACAAAACAAAAUCAUAUCAAUUAAGACUGUUUCGGCGAUUCCCAGUUCACAGUCAGUGGCCACACUGUGCAUUUUAAUGUAAAUAUAAUAUGUAAGGAACUUGUCUAAUAAUGAACAUGUGUAAAAUGAAAUAAAUUGUCUAAAAUGUAA